CUCCCGGGCACGCUUUGUAACAACGAGCAACUUGGACAGCUGCGUGUUUUCCAUACAGCUAUCAACAAAGAAUGAAAGCAGUCAAAAGAGCUCUCGCAGAGGAUACUUGCCCGGAGCAUGAGGAGCACACCUCAGCGGACAGCGAUGAUGGCUCCCCGCUCGACCUGUCAGGAAGGGGGCUCUCUGGGAAGCGCCGUCGCCGUGGUAACCUGCCCAAGGAGGCGGUGCAGAUUCUCAAGAGCUGGCUGUACGAGCACCGCUUCAACGCCUACCCGUCAGAGCAGGAGAAACAAAGUCUGUCGAGCCAAACCAACCUCACGGUGCUGCAGAUCUGUAACUGGUUCAUCAACGCACGUCGCCGCCUGCUCCCUGACCUGCUUCGCAAGGAUGGCAAAGAUCCCACCAAGUUCACCAUCUCUCGUGGCGUCUCCUUCACAGAAAGCCACUCCUCUCCCAGCCCAUUGCCGGAGCGCCCAUCUGUCAUUCAUUCUGCCCCUGUUUUCGACCUCGGUGUUCUUGGGAGCACAGCAACAGCUAUUCUGACAGGAGCAGGUUACCCUGGUAAGGAAGUGUCAGUCCAGGCACUGAUGAAGCUGGAUACACAAAGUCUGCUGAGGAAAGUGAAAGAACAGGGGGCUUAUUUGGCAAGUCUUGCCAGCAGAAAUACAGCAGCUAGCACCACCAAUGGCCUCUUCAACACACCUCCACCAACUCCUCCAGAUCAGUGCGCUCCCCCGGACUUUAGUGCUUUGCGCCUCCUUGCAGAUGUAGCUGCGCAGAAAGCUAUAGAGCUCGAAAACGAGAUGAAGCUGAAGAGCCAGAAUAAACCCACAGAGACUGAACAAGCAGAGUCACAGAGCAGCACUUGUAACCGAGAGAUAGGCCUCACACCUCCUCCAGAAGACAACCAGCAAGUCUUGGAUCCUUCCAGGGUGCAGCAUCUAAUGGAGACAGCUAUGACCGUUCCAGUGUCAGAUGUGCCUUCGGGAAAGGAUUCGGUCCCUGCGAGCACAGAAGCAUCUCUUCCAGUCCCAGCUCCAGUCUUUCUCUCAGCUCCAGGGAUAUCACCUCUUCAUAUGAAUAAAUUCAUCGUUUGCCACAUAGAGCAGGAUCAGCCUCAACUCCUUACAGCCCAUCUGCCAACCAUGAUGCCAGUACCUGCCUUAGUCUUAAAACAGCAAGAUCCUCACAAACCAGUAGCUGCUCCAGCCUCACCAGCUUCAGCCUUGAGCUCAGUUGCAACUCCAUUGUCCACUACAUGUCCUGCAAGUGUGCCGAGCUCAGUGCCAUCCCCAGUCCUUCUGCCAGUCACAAAUGUAUCUUCCGUCUCUGCAAAUCAGGAGUUAUCCACAAAUGUAGCUGUUGUUCCACCCACCAGAGGAAUACCACUUCAGCUGCCAUGUCCCAGGUCCCCCUCAACUCCAGUUGCAGUAGCAUGCCCACUGCCAUCUUCAGCUGUCAUGUCUUCUGAAGCCCCAGUUACAAGCCCAGCAUCUGCCUCUGCCCAGGUUUCAGCCGCUGCCUCAGUUUCGCCCCAGUCUGCAUCUAUCACACCUCCUCUUGGCCUCAGUUCCCAGCACACCGCCUCCCAGCAGCCCACGUCCCCGAGCAGUACCAGCACAAGUAGCAGUAUUAGCAGUAGUUCACAGAGGAAUUCAGCUUCUGUGCCCCGUGUUUGGAGCAUGGUCACCAGGCAAAGCCGCUCCCUGGGGAAAACCCCCAUUAGCGCUGUGUGGGGCCCACUGCACCCGGUGAGUGAAACUGUCAACUAG